AUGUUAGUUCUGCAGCUCCAAGCUCUCAGUGUCAAGCGUGCGAGGCUCUAUCAAGGAGUUGUUGGCCGAUGCCAACGGCGAGAAGAAGCGCAACUUUGUGAGACCAUCGAGCUCCAGAUUGGUCUCAAGAACUACGACCCUCAGCGUGACAAGCGUUUCUCUGGAACUGUCAAGCUCCCCAACGUCCCUCGCCCUCGCAUGUCCAUCUGCAUUCUUGCCGAUGCUGCCGACAUCGAUCGCGCUAAGCAAAUUGAGCGUGGUUACUGCUAUUAUUGA